AGAUAUAAAGAGAUCUCAAUAAUAAUCCUCUUAGCUUGAUAAUAAUGAGAGGAAAAAAGACACUAGGAAAUUAAAAAAAAAAACAAAAAAGAGAAAAAGAGGUGACAUAUAUUGAUACAUGGGGAAGAAGCAACUUUUAAUAAGUAACAAGACAUCAUGAUGAUCAUGUUCUGUGUACUUUUUGCACAAACACUACCCCUUACAUUCAUUCACACUCUCCAAAUCUCUACUCACCAGAAUUCCACACUUUAAUUUCCCAUCACUUUCAUGACAUGUUUUCUUUGAUGAGUUUUGCAUUGUAACACUUUUAUUUGUUUCUCUCUAUCUAUAUAUUACUACUACUUCUACUAUAGAUUGGUCAACUCACUUUGUUUGCUUGCUGCUUCAACUAAAGCUUUUACUACAACGAACACUCGUUACUGCUUCAAUUCUUCCCUAUAAAUACAGUGUUCCAUCUUCACUAUCUUUUCACACAACAACAACAUCAACCCUAGUUUGUUCUUUCUUCUAAUAAUUAACUUAGUUCUCUAACAUGUCUUCUCAUUCGUUCAGUAACCUCUUCCACUCUUCCACAACCACCACUACUCCAAACUCCUCAACAACUACCCUUCUUGAUUCCAUUGUUGCAACCCCAAAACAUCAACUCACUGCUUGUAUUUGCACCCAUUGUAACCAUCUCCUCACUUUCAAUCCUGCAGGUCAUGGUGUGGAGCAAGGGACAAAUAAUAAUAAUAAUAAUAAUAAUGUGCAAUCUCAUCAUCAUCAACUUCAACAAGGAACAAGGUGGAGUCCAACGCCAAUUCAGUUAUUGGUGCUUGAGGAGUUGUAUAGGCAAGGAACCAAGACUCCGUCGGCCGAGCAAAUCCAGCAGAUAGCUUCUCAGCUGCGACGCUUCGGCAAGAUCGAAGGCAAGAAUGUCUUCUACUGGUUUCAGAAUCACAAGGCCAGGGAGCGCCAGAAGCGUCGCCGCCGCGAGAUGGAGGAAACUACUGCUGCUGCUUCUGCCAAAGGGUUGAAAGAGACAGGUUGUGAAGUUAAAGAGACAAAGAAGUGGGCAUCCACUUCAAACUGCAAUGGUGGUGGUGGACAUGCAGUUCAGGAAUCUAUGAGUGCAGUUGAUAUAUCAGAAAAGGAGUCAAAUGGUUGGAAUGAAUUUGAAGAGAGAGUUUUGAGGAGAAACAGAUCUGAGAGACAGGCUAAGUACUUUAACAUUCCCUCCAUUAACAUUGCAGCAACUGCUUCCGUAGCUUCACAGAUAACUCAUAACAUUCAACUUCUAAGUACUCAUCAUCAUCCUCAACAUCACAACUACAAUAAUAAACAAGACAAUAAUUCGUCUCAUCCUCGAACCCUUGAGCUUUUCCCAAUUCACAAGAACCAUGAUGAUGAUGAUGACAUCAUUUCUUUCUCGGACAGGAAUUCCAACAAGCUAUGUGCCAAUGCGUCCAUGGAAGAAGCCCUUAGCUGUGACCAGUUUUUUGAGUUUCUUCCAUUAAGGAACUGAUGAACUAAAUAAUAAUAAUGGAUUAUGUGUUUUAUAUAUAUUAGAAAGAGAUGUGUAAUUGUUCCUUUUCUUUAUAAAAUAUUAGUUGAAAUUUUGGUACAUUAAGAAUAUAACAUAGCUAAAUCUAAAUA